AUGGCGUCCACGGUCCCCAGGCAGGCAUUCCGGAUAUCUCGAGUCGUAUCGAGGCAAUGCAAGGCCUCAGGAUUGAGGCAGUGCACGCGCUCCUUCUCCACCACCGUCACCCGAAGAAAUGAAACCCCCGAAUCCCCAGCUGCGUCACCGUCCCAAGACCAGCCGCGAUGGGCGUACACGCCCGAGGGCAUGAAGGCACCCUUCUCGAUUAACGUAGUGAAGGAUCCUAAGCGCCAAAUUUGGAAGGUCAAUGAGGACCCGGAGAAGCUGGAGCGCAUGUACGAGCGCCUGCUCGGCAAGGACGUGGCCCAACUUCUCCCCGACGAGCUGAAGUGGUUGGCCGUGACACAUAAGAGCUUCGACGGAGGCAGGAGAGGAUUCAACACAAGACUUGCGUUCUUUGGGCGUCAAAUCAUCGCUCUUGAGGCAACUCGCUCGAUUCUGGCUUCACCCGCCACUGCCGAUGCUAAGCUUGAGGACCCGUACGGCCGCGAGCCUUUCGAGCAUCCCGCGCUCGCCAAUGUCGACAAGCUUGCAGUACACCAACCCCAGGAUCUUGUGUCGAAGGAGAAGCUGUCACAGCUGGCCGCAGAUGUUGGCCUGCACAGUGUCCUGCGGUGGAAACCACGGCUGCCCGAAAAUCUCCAGUCGUCUGGUCUGACCGUCGUCCUUACCACCACCAUGUUCGCGAUCGUCGGGGCCGUGUCCCUGCAGACCGGCGCGGAAGUGGCCAGCAGAGUCGUCAGGGAGAGGAUACUCAAGAGAAUAUCAGCAUGA